UCCUAGGUGAUGAUCGAUGUUAAAUCACUUUUUUCAAAUAAAGUUACCGUUUUAAUUACAUGCCUUCAUUUUUAUUUAUUUUUUUGAAAAUAACUCUUAAAAUGCCGGUAGAUUUUGGUGUAUCGUGAAAUGAUCUAGUGAUAUAUAUACUACUAUUACGUACAUUCAUCAACCAAAUUGGAUGGCAUGAUGCUAUUAAUGCAUUAAUUGCAUUUUUCACCAACCAAGCCUGACCGCCUCUCGACAAAGGAGCGUAGCCCCUCAGCUUUACAAAUUCAUUAUUUUCCUUCUUCCUCCUCCACUACUCUUCUUCUUCCUCCACCACUCUCCGCCCUCAUCUCCUCCGCCUUCUUCCAAAUGGCUGAUCAGCAAACCAUAACCCGAACGCCUCAAUCCAUGGAGGAAGCCUACGAAUUCUUCCACAUUUCGGUCAACCCAGACGGUUCCCUCACAAGAAAAACCCCCUUUCCUUCCGUACCCCCCAACCCAGAAGUAGCCGACCUUCCUUAUCUCUCCAAAGAUAUCCCUCUCAACCCGAGAAACAACACUUUUAUCCGGCUCUUCCGACCCGUUAUUAACCCCCCUCCAAACUCAAACUUCCCGCUCAUCAUUUACUUCCACGGCGGCGGCUUCGUUUUCUUCAGCGCAGCUGACGUCAUCUUCCACGGCUCAUGUGGCCGGACGGCUUCCCACGUCCCCGCAUUGGUUGCUUCCUUGGAGUACCGUCUUGCGCCAGAACACCGCCUCCCCGCCGCCUACGACGACGCCAUCGACGCACUCCACUGGGCCAAAGCUCAGGCCUCCGCCGCCGACGGCGGCGAGGGUUGUGAUCCGUGGUUGCGGGAGCUGGCUGAUUUCUCCAAGGUUUUCUUGAUGGGAAGUAGUGCCGGCGGGAAUAUGGUCUACCAUGUAGCCUUGCGGGCCCAAGAUGUUGAUCUUGGGCCGAUGAAACUCGCUGGGCUGAUUAUGAACGAGCCCUUCUUCGGCGGGGUCCAGUGGUCGGAUUCGGAGCUCCGGCUGGCUGACGAUAAGGUCGUACCUCUCCACGGGACGGAGCUUCUGUGGCAUCUGGCGUUGCCGGAGGGAGCCGACCGUGAUCACGAGUUCAGCAACGUGGCGCACCAUGCGGGGUCCCACGUGGAGAAGAUCCGGCGGUUCCCGAGGUGUUUGAUCAGGGGCUACGGCGGCGAUCCUCUUGUCGACCGGCAGAAAGAGGUGGCGAAGUUGCUGGAGGAGAACGGCGUCGAGGUGGUGCCGGUGUUCACUGACGAAGGGUACCAUGCUGUUGAGAUAUUUGACCCUAAAAUGGCUGCAAUUUUGUACGAUGAUAUCAAGGAAUUCGUUAACUCCUCGUCGGAGGCGGCGGCGACGGCCCCAUCUGAAAUUAACGCCGCCGGAAAGUCGGCUAUGUAAUUUAAUGCGGUGCGCGGGAGUCUGGCAUUCGGUGAUAUUAAAUGCCUCCGAAUCUCCGACGAAGGAUUUUAUUUCGUUCAUUUUUUUUACCUUUUUUUUUUUUGGACAUUUUGCAUGCAUAAUAAGUUAAUCCUAUUAUAUUAUGGUUUACUUUCAUUUUUCUUUUUUUUUUUCCCCCUUUAUGAAAAGUGGAAAAACUGGUUGGUUGAUGAUGUAGUAGUGUGGUACUUGGAGAUUUGGAGUACAUUCCAAGUGAAGUUAUCUCUUAUGUUAAUAAUUAUACUUAUACUACUCUUUUUUUUUAAUAUAAUAGUUCACCGGUUUAGGGGUUGGCAUGGGUAGCCCUAUAUAUUAUUGCUAUUGUAAAGUGUAUAAAUUUGAUUAAAAUAACAAUCCAUGGA